ACAUCUAAUUCUGAGAGAGUUUUGAAUUCUGUUGUAUCCUGAAGAAUUUUAAAUCCUUAAGGAAAGUGAGAUCGCGCCUCAGAACAAUUUUUUUAUUCUUCUGUUAUUUAAUAUUUCUUAACAAUCUUAAGGAUUUAAAAUUCCUUAUGGAUCUUCCUAUAAAUGCCAACAUCAAGUUGCUGAAUCCAGAUGCCGUCAGAUUGGAUAGGUUCGAUGGCACCAACUACAUGCGUUGGAAGGAUAAGAUGACUUUUCUACUAACAACAUUGAAGGUGUCAUAUGUUCUUGAUCCAAAACUGCAACCUAUCCAAGCACCGAAGGAAAAUGAUUCUGAAGCAGUGAAGAAUGCAAGAUUGAAGCGUGAAGAAGAUGAACUCAUAUGUUGUGGAAACAUUCUAAAUUCCCUCACUGAUAGACUUUAUGAUUUGUAUCGCAACAUGUAUUCUCCUCAAGAAAUCUGGAUUGCUUUGGAAAAGAAAUACAAGCAUGAAAAGAAAGGUACGGACAAGUUUCUUGCACUUAAAUAUUUUGAGUUUGAAAUGAAAGAUGACAUUUCCAUCAUGGAUCAAGUGCAUGAAUUACAAAUUUUGGUAUCAAGAAUGUCAGAGUUAGAGAUAAAGAUUCCAGAUGCACUUCAAGUAGGGGCAGUACUUUCAAAACUUCCUCCAUCUUGGAAUGAUUAUAGAAAAAAGGUUCUGCAUUCAGAUGAAAUUCUGACUAUGGAACAGUUUCAAACACAUCUCCAGAUUGAGGCAGAAAAUCGUUCAAGAGAUGCAAUAUUGGCACCCUUGAAAGUUAAUUAUGUGAGUCAAAAUUCUGCCAAGCCUUUCCAGAAUAAACUCAAGCCUCUUAAGAAAAACAGUGCUUUCAAGAAAGUUUCUUUCAAGAAAAGUCAGCCCUGUUACCAUUGUGGUAAGAAAGGUCACUUCAUUAAAGAUUGCAAAUUCAGGAAUAAUGCAAGGAACUUCGGUUCUGGCACCAGUGCAGAAACAAGCAACAAGGCAAAUUUGAUUGAGCAUGAAUUGGUUGCUAUGGUUUCUGAUAUGCAAGUCGGGAUGGUGACUGAAUUGAACAUGGCAAAUCCAACCAAGUCUAUGGAUUGGUGGCUGGAUUCUGGUGCAACAGUUCAUGUGUGCAAUAACAAAGCACAAUUCAAGUUUUAUGAAGAUUUGAAGGAACCAGAAGAAGUGCUUAUGGGAAACAAUGUCACUGCAAAAGUUCUAGGCAAAGGCACAGUGGAAUUAAGAUAUACAUAUGUGUAUCUUAUGAGAACAAAAGAUGAGGCUUUUGACAAGUUUAAAGAGUAUAAAUCUGUUGUGGAAAAUCAGAAAGACAAGAGAAUUAAAGCUCUUCAUAGUGAUAGGGGUGAUUAUCUAGUGGUCUUAGAAGGAAACACUGAUGCAAGUUGGAUCACUAGUAAGAGUGAUAACAAAUCUACUUCGGGUUGGAUCUUUACACUUGGAGGAGGUGCAAUCAGUUGGGCAUCAAAGAAACAAACAUGCAUCUCACAUUCUACAAUGGAAUAUGAGUUUAUUGCUUUAGCAGCAGUAGGCAAGGAAGCAGAAUGGUUGAGAAAUUUAUUGCUUGAUAUAAAGUUGUGGCCACAACCUAUGCCAGCCAUUUCCUUGCACUGUGAUAGUGAGGCUACAAUGUCUAGAGCAUAUAGCAAUAUUUAUAAUGGGAAAUCUAGACAUAUUAGUCUCAAACAUACUUAUAUUCGAGAGUUGAUCACUAGUGGAGUUAUAACAAUAAUCUAUGAGGAGGUUCUUAACUUCACUUGUGAUGCAUACCAUGCUAAGACUGGAACUUUGUCUGUACCUCAAUCACUUCAAAUGAAGAAAGACAUAUCAAACCGCCAUGAAGUUUCCAAAAUGAAGGCUCCAAAAUGAAGGCAUACCGUCCCAAAAACAGUGAAGCCUCAGUUGUGCAUUGUUUGAGAAGUCAUCUUUGAGAACCAAAGAGAAUGUUGAUUUUGUACACACAAACACAGGAAUUUUGAAGGUGGCGGGAAUGGAUGCAUUUCUAUGCAUUUUCUUCAUUUUGUGUAAUAAAAACUUUCUAGUCCUCUAUUACUCUCUCUCUGUUUUUUUUCCUUUUUUGGUAUGGUAGGAGAGUGGAGAAGCUACUCCUAUUAGAGCCAGGUUUCGAUCCUAAGACCUCUGGGUUACGGACCCACCACGCUUUCGUUCCGGUACUUUGAUGAUUGUAACCUUUAACUCAAUCUUUCAGUUUAAUACUUGGAAAAUAAAAGAAAGAAUUAAUU